GCGUCUAUUUGGGACAAAGUCACUAUCACGGUCACGGAACACGCCCGAAAAGAACCUGCUCAGGCUAGCGAAACCAAACCCGCCGGCGAUGAUACCACCAUGAUGGAUACCUCCUGCCAGGAAACCCACGAUUGUGCGUCAUCUGGUGCACAAGGCAGCUCCUCAAUUCUAAUCGAAGAUGAAAAUACCGUCAUGAUGGAUGUCUCAAAUGCAAACCUUCAGGAUCUGGCAUCAACGCCGGAAGAUGGUAAACUCGCUGAAGGACGCGACGAUACCUCCGUGGCGGCCGAAGAUGGCUCAGAGAAUGGAGACGAGAAAGCAGAAACAGACUUCCCCGAUGGCGACGCAAACAAUGACCAAGUCUACCGCGAACACAUAACCGAAAAGUGGGAGGAUAACCUCGCCAAUGACGACGAUGAGUGGAGUAGCUCCACAGAAGAAAGUCCAAUGACUCCUCCGCCAGGUAUGUCAGUCAUAAAAUGUGUCAGGAGCGAUGCAUUCAAGCCACGCAAAUCUCGCAAGAAGUCCAAGAAGACCAGCACUCCUAAGCGGCGCAGGGAUCUCGAUACAUCGGAAUCAGAGGACUCUGAUAACCCGAAAGCUCCUCCAGCGAAGAGGCGGAGGCGGAGGCGGCCCAAAGACCUGGAUAUCUCAGAUGUUGACGACGACAAAUCUCUGUUUGGUCGUGUGGGGAAUAAAACAAUACCUUGCCGAGGUCCCACCCGCAAUAAAACCGUAUAUGUAGAUUAUGGGGCUGAAGGGCCCUUACCUUCUAAGUUCCGCAUGGAUGACUAUUGGGCAGACCAGGGAAAGUUCUGUAAUCCCGAUCAGCUAAGAUCCGGUUAUUUCGACUGGUGCGACCGUGAGCUCAGCGCCGGAGAGGUCGCUGCUAUCAAGGAUAUGCACAAGCGCUUGGACGAAUGGCAUAAAGAGAUAUACGGCUAUGAGGCAGAGGCACGAGUUCGGCGGGCUAGCCCGGAGGGCGCAAAGCAAGUAAAAGAGAGGGAAGAAGAUCGGUAUAGGGGAAAAGCGCAGAGGACGGAGGCGCUGUUGGAGCUCUUCUGGGGCAAUAGGCACGAUGCCAGAUUCCCGUUCGCCAAAGAGGGGGGUGUUCAUGCGAGGGGCUGGAAGAUGAAGCUGGAGAACAACCAGUGGUAUCUCGAAGGCUCGGAUGUAUGCAAGAACGAGACGAGAAAGUCGUUGGUCUUCGAGCAUCCCUAUACGAAGCGAGAGCGAACCGAGAAUAACAUGAGCCUCGAGGACAAACGGGCGUACGGUGUUGCAGACACUGGUUACGUCAAAGCGGCAAAGACAUACCUGCAUGACCCCCUCGUGGUCGACGAAGAUGGAGCGGAACUUUCUGGUGGUGGCCGUGAGGGAGUAGCCGCGAAUGCCUGCGUCUUAAGACUUCCUGGGAACUCGUAGGGCCUUCUAAAAACUCGCUACCCCGUCCUGAGGUUGAGAUAAUGCGGGAUUUCCUUACUUUUAAUGACCAUGGCAUCCCAACACCGUACUGGAUCAAUUCCGCCUGGCCCGAGGAUGCGAAAGGCCAGGCUAUAGCCUCUGGACAGGUACCCCCUUGCUAUGCGGAACUGACAGAUAUAAGACCGCAAAACUCUCCGAGGAGGAUGACGCAGCUUCUAACGCCGUACUGCACUCCGCUCAAUGACGUAGUGCACUCCCUGAGGAGUCCAAAAGACCUAAUGCGGAUUAUAAGAGACGCAAUUAUCGUCUCCUACGACGCCUAGAUAAGCGGCGACAGAGGAGUUAUGCAUGGGGAUAUCUCAAUCGGCAACAUUGUCGUCCCCCGUCAAUACACCCCCCUCACCGGGAACACCACCUUCUCCGACCGCUAGGGCACCCUAA